ACCCCACUUGCGAUUCUUGUUCUCCCAUAAUUUGAGGGUAUUUAUUGAAAUUACUCCGUUCACAUCAAGUAUAUCUUGCUGUUGAGGAUUACUUUUUGUUCGUACUUGCGAGUUAACUUUCAUCCAAUCAACACUGUUAUCGCUGUACAAAUGAAUACCUCUCCAACUACAAAAGUUUCCGAAACAAUUCCUUCUUCAUUUGGAGGUCGGGUGUGCCCAACCAAUCCUCGUCGAGCCCCAAAAUCCCGCCAGGGGUGUCAAAGAUGCAAGGCUAAGCGUGUAAGCCUCACUUGUUACCUGUUAGAAACACAAUAGUUUCACUACUGACUUGACAGUAGUUGAAAUGUGAUGAAAAAAAGCCGCAUUGUCUUCAAUGUCUCAAAAGAAAGGCAGAGUGUUGCUAUGCUUCCCAACGACUAGUUUGGUCGACGAAACAUGAAAAGGUUCUAGUUGGAAAUACUCACAGAUCACUCCCACCUUCAGCAAAAGCUCUGGAAAGAAAACUGGUGGUGGAUUCAAUGCCCUCCGUGAAUACAUCCCCUGGUAAAAAACCUACGGAAUCUAAUUCAAAGCAAGACCAUUCUAAAAUGGUUGAACAUGAUGAAUACUGUGGAAGAAGCGGAAGUGAGUCUGACCAGGGCCGCGAUGUCACAAUCAAGAAGAAGCUUGCUCCAGUAUUCACUGAUAGUCUUUCUGCCAUUCGCCAUCAAUUGAACAACUCGAGUGUACCUGAGUUUCUUGUUCAUCUUCCAACCAUGCUCGUGGAAUACUAUUUCGGUUAUAUUUGUAUAAUAUUCUCAUCCUUUGACGGCAUGCUCAAUCCAUUCCGCUCUACUGUUGGCCAACUCUGGGAUGGCUCGGCACCGAUAUACUACGCCAUUCAAAGCAUGGCCGCUGCGUACCUUUCGCAUGACUUCCCACGUAUGUCUACCGUUGGGAUUCAAAUGCAACGAGAAACAUUUAGAUGCUUGUAUCAAUCGGGCCGAGCUGGAUUGGACUCCCACGACAACAUCGAUAAGACUCUCUUGACUGUGCUCCUGGUUGGUCAAACCACAGCAUGGCAUAAUCCCCGAGAUCUAGGUCUGGCACACCUGAAAACUGCCAAGUGGUUAUACAAGCAACGGCUUGCUCGGCAAGGUAUGAAUGUUGAUAGCAAAACGCGCCGACAGAAUGAGUUCUUCGAACAAUGUAUUUUAUACUGGGAUUUACUCGCUGGAUUUGUCGAAGAUGAAGAGAACAUUGCCAUGCUAGGGGACGAUAUAUUGGUGGAAAGCCACACGACCCCAAAUAAAAAUACGGAAAAUCGCCAAAUAUUUCCUCAUCCAUGGACCGGAGUCGCACCGAAGGUACAAGCUUUAUUGGCCCAGGUAGGAAGAUUGAUUCGAUCCUGUCGCAAGUCAACGUUCAAUCCAAUUGCAAAUGUUGCUCUUGAUGAUCCUUUCUUCGACUUCAGUUCUUUACCACUUCAACAAAGUGUCUUCCCCAGCAUCGAGUGGACUAACAGAGCCCGGCUUUUGGAAGAGCAAUUACUGGCUGUGAAUUUACCAUCCGAAGCCGAGCUUGUAGAUGCUGGUGACGAGAACACGCCCGUCAGGCAAUACAUCCUGCUAGCAGAAGCAUAUAGGUGUGCCGCUCUCCUAGAGAUAUAUCGCGUCUUCCCUACUAUCUGUCUGACUCGGCAGCCCGACCGCCAAGAAAUAUUAUCUUUGCCAGUUUCACAUUCGGCGGAGGAAUCCUUGAUAUCGCUUGCAUUACAUAUCGUAUCCCUCCUCGAGAAGAUCCCUUCAACAUCCGGUACUCGAUGUCUUCAACCCAUUGUCAUGAUUAUCUCUGCAAGUGAGCUCCGGUUCUCCACAGCAGCAAUGGAGACAUUUUCCAUUGAUGCAACUUUGGGAUUAAGCCAUUACGAAGGUGUUGGUCACAACCAUGGUCCGGCAUUAAGUGGCACAACGAUGUUGAAUAGCAUUACUAAUUUCGAGGUGGAUAUUGCGGCCGCCCGUCGUUUUAUUGUUACUCGUUUUCAAGAUUUUAAGCUAUCAUUGCCUGCGAAACCUAUGACAAAGGCAUUGAUACUGGUUGAAGAGACUUGGGCGAGAGCUGAUCUUGGACAAGAAGUGUUCUGGAGUAGGUGACUUGGUGUCUUUUACAAUAUUGAUCGAAGCUUAAGCCUUGAAUUAUCGCUAUUUUUCUUCCUUAUCGACGUAUAAACUAACUUUUUUCAACUAUAGUGGAUGUAAUGUCAGAAAUGAAUCUGGAAUGCAUAUACGGGUGAAUCUCCCCAUACGUUCUAUAGACACGUUGAUUACAUUAUCUCAAGAUCCCAGCUGCAUGUAAGUACUUCCUACCUUUACAAGAGUGCCUUUUAUUUACCAAGUCCAUGAUUAGGAUUCUUGCCUAAAGAUUAUUAGUUGCAAUUCUGGACCAUUAUGACUUUAUGUAUUUUCUAACAACGACAAGCGAAGGAUCUUAAGGUUUCAAAGAACUUGGUCAUCCGUACAUUUGAAAGACUUCUGACUCUUCCUAUUCUAAUACUGCGAGUCAGUAAAGCCGGUAAUCAACCAGUUGUCUUGCAUGUAGCCAAGUAGUUCCAGCAGACCUACGCCGCUAAGAUGCAUACGUCCCGUCUUGUCACCUCAACUAUAGAAUCUCCUGGAAGAUUCAAGUCGGCAAAGCGAUAAUUGUCUAAUGGAGACUCACACCAUCAGCACGACAAGCGCACCUACUCGCUAACCUUUGCCAUGGCAAUGGGUGCUCAGUGGACGUUUGGCACUCAUAGGCCGUUUU